AUGGACGAUGCCGUGUUGUGCGACAUUAUCGGCAAGCUGGCGCGUCUUGCGGACGCACAAGACCACUGGAGUGUGAUCAGCUUGUUGGCGCGAGAGCCAAAGCUGUUGAAGAUAUUCCACGUGUUGUAUUCGCACUGUUUCUGGGUAGCGUCCCGGGGCGGCGACGCUGCCGCAUCACGGUUCUUGCAAGAGUCACCGAGCGUGAUUGUGCGUCUCGUCACGGAGAUGUUGAAGCACGGCGUGAGUCUGACGAAGACGGGCGUCUUGAACAUGCUGCGAAACGCAAAGGAGAGCAUUUCGCCUUUGGACCACUUGACAACACAGCUCUUCGAGUGGUCUUUCCGCGAUGAAAAUGAGCUCGAGAAACGACAGAGGGCCGUUGAAGUCGUGGGACAGAAACGUAGUAGGAAAAGGGCUCGUGUCAAUACUUACAACACACACCCCGCUACGCCUGACGACUCAUCCGAGGAUGACUGGACGGCACCGAACACACCAGACACAAGAAGAGAGCCCAGUGACCUUGGGCAGAAAGCCGGCGAUGAAUGUAGCACAACCGUACCCGUUUCUGCUGUAGCUGCGCUGAUGCAGGAGAUUGCCAAGAACAAAUGGACUACUGUCAUUUUGGUGGAAUUUGACGGCAGCGAGAAGGCGGUGUUGAGGGUGGGUGUUCCGUCUCAAGACAGGCAGGUACGGAGAGAACUCCUAGAGCUUCUCGAGAGCGCUGGCCAGGAUACUAAGAGGGGAUACCAACUGUGA